AUGGAGCUCCUCGACCCCGCCACCGGCACCCCCCUCCCCUCCGACGCCAUCCAGCGCAUCCUCUUCAUCGCGCCCAACGUCCAUGUCUACAACAUCCCCCCGCGUCCCUCCACAAAAGGCCAUGUCGCCGCCGCCUGGACCACCGAUCCAGCCCGUCAGAUCUUCACCGCCCGCCUCCGCAUCCUCGAGACCUCCCUACCCCUCCCUUCUCCCUCCGACAGCCUCGCCUCCCCGCGCAACGCCGCCAUCGACACCUCCGCCUACAACAGCUCCAACCUCAAGGUCGACGUCAUCCUCGAGGACCCCAAGACCGGCGCCCUCUUCGCCGCCGCCCCCUACCAGUCCAACAGCACCGUCGAGCCCGUCCUCGACAGCAGCCGCUUCUUCGCCGUGACCGUCCGCGACCCCCAGGGCAGGAAGGCCUUCCUCGGCAUUGGCUUCGAGGACCGCAGCGAAUCGUUCGACUUUGGCGUCGCCCUCCAGGAGGCGAGGAGGGGGCUGGGGUGGGAAGGGCCCCAGGCGCUCACCGGGCCCGCCAAGAAGGACGACCCGGAGAAGGACUACAGCUUGAAGGAGGGCGAGACCAUCACCGUCAACAUCGGCAACACGGGCAUCGGCCGCCGGAGGGCGCAGCAGGAGCAGCCUUCAAACGACGGCCCCGUCGACCUGCAGUCCUUUGCUCUGCCCCCUCCCCCUAGUAGCAGCUCGAGCAUGAACAGCAACAAGUCUGGCGGCUUCGCCCUCGCUCCCCCGCCUACCGCGGACGAGGCCAGGCGCAGGAAGAGGAUGUCAGCGCAAGAAUUGGGCUUUGACGAUGGUAAAUUCGGCGAAUUCGCAUAG